AUGUCGUCGGCUCGCAAUUCGGUCGUUUCGUUGUCUUCCAACGGUUCAGUCAAAGUUGAGACACGUCUUGUUAGCAACGAACGGCAGUCUAGUAUUCAACAAGAAGGCGCUAUGCUUCCUUCAUCAAGCUCUAAAGACGAUGACCUAUUGUCAACGUCUUCAGAUGAAGUUGAGAAUAUGGCAACGCGGACGUUACAACAACUAGAAGAGAGUACAUCAAUCAUCUCGGCCAACAGCGAUGAUGAUUCGGUUAAAAAGGAAAAACAAGACGAGAAGGAUGUGGAGAAGGGCGAAGGAAAUAGCGACGAUGAAAAAGACAUAUCUUUCGGAAUAUCUAGACUCGAACGCUUUAUUUUUGUUUUUUUUUGUCUUGUCUUGACUGGAGUGUCAAAUUUUCAUUUUCAGAACGAUCCUGAAUUGAUGAGUGAUCACUUUCAGAUAAGAAUAUUUUUCCGAAUUUUCAAAAAAGGGACUUUUUGUUGCUAA